AUGAUUGAUGACACAUGUUAUAGCCGGCACCCAUCGCCUGGUACAGAGAUACCUGGAAUCCAAUAUGAUAAUAUAUCUCAGGAUAUCCCUAGGAUCCUAGAAAAUUCGUUCGUCAGAAAAGAUGCCCGGUUUUGGGCAACAUCCCUUCGCUUUCUGACUUACGACGACGGCGACGAUAGCUUAGAUGCCGUAACUACUAGUAACACGGUCUCAAACUCCAGAGAGGACCAAAAAGCGCCUUUACACGGGCAAUGUCUGCCAUGCAAGAACAAAGUCACCAUUCCCCCGGGCCAUAUAUGUGGGAAUCAUAUGAUUAUGCGGGGUGAUAUACCAAACAGAGAAGCCGAGCUUCACAAGCAUCGUGAUCCGUGUGUACACGUUCGCGAGAACUCCUGUAACGAUUGCCAGAAUAUCCCACUUUUUCCUAACGAAGGCAAAGUAACGAAAUUCCGUAUCCGCAGGGUUUACCAGCCGGGCAACACCCAGAAAUACCGCUGUCACCACUUCGUAGCCGUUUCAUAUUGCUGGUCCAAUGAGCCAACAGCCGAGGGCGAAGAGAAAUAUCGUGUAGUCGAUGAGGAUAAGAAAGAGAGAUACAUGCGAGCAUCAAAUGCUACCAUCGACCGGUGUGUGGCAUUCGCCCGCGAAAAUGGCUUCCGAAUGAUAUGGAUUGAUCAGGAAUGCAUCAACCAAGAUGAUACUGAAGAAAAGCAAUUGGCUAUACAGAGCAUGGAUUACGUCUAUAUGGCGGCUCGUACAUGCAUUGGGCUUUUCCGAGCGGAAUUGCCACAAAAACAUCUCGAUUGCCUACGGGAAAUCCACAAAACUUGUAAUUAUUUCAGAGGGUCAAGAGGUCCAUCCACCGAUAACCAGAUGAGUCCUUUUCUUCCCAAGGCUCUGACUGGCACAAUCCAGGAACUUUCUACAGGCCGCAAGUUUUUCACAAACCGUGAAAUUUUCGCAAGUCGCCAGAUCAUAGCUGAUACAGUCUCCACAAUUGUAAAUGACAGGUGGAAUAGUCGUGCGUGGAUCCUACAGGAAGCCUUUAUUUCAACAUUUAACAUGAUACUUCUCUUCCCUCGAGUCUCAGGCGUUAACGUCAGGGGCUCACUACUUAUAUGCCAUGAACUAGCGCAGAGUGACAUAGCAAUCACACUUGAAGCUAUGCGGCAAUGUCUCUGUUCACUACCCGUACGACUCGUGCUAGAAAAGAUGAUUGAAGAUGAGCGACGUGGAGAAAGCUCUUACGACAGUGCAGACGUGUUACCGAUCACAAUGCGAAGACUUCAAUUUUUCUACCCUCCGGCAGAACUACGUGAACUACAGAACGUGGAAGAUAAAAUAGCUAUUGUAGCAAACAUCUGCGGCUACUACUUUCGGCUGAAUACAACAGAGGUUGCGAUGACUCAUAACAGCCUUGCUACAUGCAUACUAGCUCUCUCCCUUGCCAACAACGAUUUCUCACUGUUGAUUCCUCAACUUUACCACUUCCCGGGCUCGAAUUUCCUCAAAUUCCCCCAAGAUGAAAACUCUCCAUUUUCAUGGGCGCAUUCCUUCGUACGAAACUUUCAGUAUCUUCAUUCAGCCGAUGGGAACCCGUUUGGGGCGACCGCUGUACAAGACACUCCUCUUUUGGUCUCAGUCUCUUCUAGGGGCCUUUGGUUAGAGGGUUUCUUGUGGCGCGUCGAUAAAUUCAUAUCAUUAACGCCCCUUCAGACGAAAUACGCAGAAGCUUGGCGGAAGCUUGCUAACGACAAAACAUCGUCUUCUAACAUUGUCAAAGAAAACACUGUUAAACUAGCAACAACACAUCUCUUAUUUGAAAUCAUCAUGUAUCUGGUCGCCAUAAAGGAAAAAGACGUGGCAAAUUCAAUACUCCACUCGACUUUAUCGUUGGAAUGGUCUCGUCGCAACAUUGAGUCUGUUGACCAACUUCCAUCUGGACUUAAAAUAGAGAAUCGAAAGGAAAUGUUUUCUCUAGAUCGAAGCCCAGAUGGAAAAUACUAUCAGUGCUGGAUCAUCGACAGGGUAAUGGAGAAGGGUGGGUUUUGGGUAGGAAGGCUUGUGAAUCCCCCGCCUGUGGAACUGGACGAACCAAGAAAUCCCACUGGAGUCAACACGUCCCCGUCCAUGGAAUUGGAUGAGCCAAGUAACCCCACAGAAAUCAGCAUUCCCCUGAUAAUGAACCUUUUCAAUAUGCUCGGAUAUUCCAAAAUCCUCAAGGUCUCCUCCGAGCGUCGUACGUCUUCCUCCCGAGAUAGAGAAAGGGUUGGGAGCGGGCAUAUCGGAAUACUUCGCGUUCUCUCAUUUUUGACGAUGAUAGGUGAGGGAUUUGAGGCCGAAGGUAAAUUUUUCGAGUUUGAUGAAUGGGUAAUACCAGACAUCAGCAAUACUGAAUUAAGACUUCUUUUGACUCCACCAACGCUAGCCAGGCUUUUCUGCCCCGUGUUUGCAGCUGGAGCUGGUGGCAGCAGUGAGAAAUCUGCGUCUCGAGAAGCGAUUUUUGAUAUAGAUGGUACCCCCGACGGAGAAACGCUCGUCCUAACACCGCUCCAAACAAUACUUGAGUCCAUUCCAAGGCCGGCCAUGCGUGCCAUGAGUGUCUCAUGGGUUGUUGACAUGGUUUACCAAGGAAAUGGUGACACCGAGAAAACAAAAGUUAGGGUGAAAGAUAAGGUCCAGGGGAUGUGGGAGCAUGCGAUCCUAAAUGCGGAAAAAAUUGAGAUCGUUUAAGUCUUGACGCAUGGGUAUCCAUACGUUGGUAGUUGCCGCUACACAGGGGUGGUGUUGUUUCUUGCUUCACAAUUUAUUUUGUCCAGCAAUCCUUGGAAAUUAAUAACACGUUUAGUGAAAUAUUACUGAUCGUCUGCCUUGGAUUCUCCGUUUGAAUUUCAUGGUCGAUGCGAAAUGGUAGGAUACCGUCAAGUCAUCUCCUAGUAGAAUCAUAGUUGGCUAAGCAGA